AUGAGUUUCACGGUGGAGAGCCACUUCUUCGGCCCGAGUGGGCUACGCAAGUCUCGGCCAGCGUCGGUGUCAUCUAGCGGCUUUCACUCCCAGCGCCGCCGCCUCACCAACAGCCAGCCGUCCUCUGUGGACAGCAUGGACACUUUCAAAGGGGACAUGUCCCGCAGGAGUGAAAAGGAGAUCCUGCAGGCACUCAACGACCGCUUCGCCGGCUAUAUCGACAAAGUGCGCAGCCUGGAGAUGCACAACCGCAACCUGGAGGCAGAAGCGGCGGCGCUGCGGCAAAACCAGAGCGGGCGUGCUUCUGUGGGGGAGUACUACGAGAAGGAGUUGGACGACCUCCGGGGUCUCGUUCAGCAGUUAAGCGGAGAGAAGGGCAGCGCGGCUCUGGAAUAUGGGCGCCUGGAGGAUGACAUCCAGCAACUGGGGGCAAGACUGGAGGAGGAGGCGCGCAACCGGGAGGAGCUUGAGGCUGCAGCCCGGGCCAUGAAGAGAUACGUGGACGAGUGCCAGCUGGGACGGCUGGAGCUGGACAAGAAGCUCCAAGCCCUGGACGAGGAGGCGGCUUUCCUCAAGAAGAACCAUGAGGAGGAAGUGGAGGACCUCCUGGCACAGAUUCGGGGUGCACAGGUGACCUCUGACUUGAGGGAGACCGUUAAGGCGGAUGUGACUGGAGCCCUGCGGGAGAUCCGAGCACAGCUUGACUGUCACGCUAACAAGAGUGUCACGCAGGCUGAGGACUGGUUCAAAGUGCGCCUGGAACGUCUGACAGAGGCAGCCAGGUCCAACCAAGAUGCCAUCCGUGGGACCCAAGAGGAAAUCGUAGACUACCGUCGUCAGCUCCAGAGCCGCACCAUUGAGCUGGAGACACUCAGAGGAGCAAAGGAGUCUCUGGAGAGGCAGCAGAUGGAAUGUGAGGACAGACACCAGGAUGACCUCAACUCACUCCAGGACACAAUCACUCAUCUGGACUCAGAGCUGAAAAACACAAAAUGGGAGAUGGCUGGUCAACUAAAGGACUAUCAGGAACUACUGAAUGUGAAGAUGGCUCUAGAUAUUGAGAUAGCUGCUUACAGGAAGUUACUGGAGGGAGAAGAGAGCCGCUUUGUGUCCGGAGGAAGUCCGUAUUCCUACCUAGACAACAGAAUUUCAAUUCAUUUGAAAGUGAAAGAAGAUAAAGUGAUUGUGCAAGAGCAGACAGAUGAGACCCAAGUGAUAGAAGUGACAGAGGAAGCAGAAGAAGAAGAAGAGGAGGAGGAAGAGGAGGAAACCAAAGAAGAGGAAGAAGGCAAAGAGGAGGAAAAAGGAGAAGAAAAGGAGAAUGAAGAGGAAGGAAGUGAGGAAGAGAAGUCAAAAUCUCCAGAGAAAGUUCCAUCCCCUGCUCCAAAUUCACCUCAAAAGCCAAAAUCCCCAGUAAAAAAAUCUCCCCCAAACUCACCAGAAUCAAAAUCUCCUCCCCCUAAGACACCUGAACCUCCAGAAAAGGAGGUCAAGCCUGCUGCCCCUAAAGAAGAAAAGAAAGACACACCUCAGCCUGUGAAAGAGCACAAAGAGCAACCAAUAGUCGAGAAGAAGCAGGAGAACAAAGAGAAAGAAGCAGACAAUAAAAUGGACAAGGAUAACAAACCCGAUGUCAAGAAAGAGACUCAAGUAAUUGAACUGCCAAAGGAAGAUACGCCAAAACCUGCAAAGCCAGCUGACAACAAACCUUCUCCCUCCAAACCUAAAGAGGAGGUUCCUUCCCCAGCCAAGGAGAAACCCUCUGGUCCGACAUCAGAGAAAACAGAGAGCAAAAAGGAGGAGAAGCCGGAGGAGAAGAAACCAUUGGAGAAAAAGCCUGAGAAGAAGUCUGACGAGAAGGACCCUGAGGAGAAGAAGCCGACGGAAAAGAAGCCAGAGGAGAAACCUACACCCAAAGUUGAACCAGAGAAAGAAGAGAGUAAGAAGCCUGAGGAGAAAAAGGAGAUCAUUCAAGCAGCAGCAGCUGCUGACAGCAAGGGUGGAGGGAAGACAGAGAAAGUGGAGAAGUCUUCUGGCAAUGAGUCCAAAGAAACCAAGGCCAAGAAGUGAAGCUGGACAAAAAACUGGAGUGUGGGAGGUGAAGUUAAAGAGCAUACGCAAAAUGCAAACACUAUUUUGUAUUACCCUGCUCCAAGUAUGUAUGCACCGUUGAUGCUAACAUCACUGUAGGCAACACUGUUCACUAAGCUCUUUAAUUGAAUGUGAUUGCUGCCCUUCAAUAAUAAGUGCAUUUAUUAUUAUGAGCCUACUCAUUGACUCCAGAUAAUAUAUUUGAAUAUAUACAAAUGUCUAUAUUAUAUUUACAAUAGUGAUUUUAGUAAGACAUACAGUACUUGAAUGCUUGUUGUGCACUUUAAUGCAGCUUAUCACAGAUGAGAUGUCUCACUUCUCUGGCCUGCAACGCUCUGACAAUGACUGUGCUAUGUAUAAAUUGAUAAAAGUGACAAUAUGCAACACAAAAAAUAAAUUAAAAUACAGAAAACGCAUUUGUGGCAGAGAAAUCUUUGUUAACCUUGGGUGAGGAUUCAUCAAAUAAAAUGUCAAGACUUAAAAGGUAAAUGCUGCAAGAGUUUGCACUGCAUUGCAGUGGAAGAAGGGGGAGACACUGCACCCAUGUAUAAAUCAGGAGCAGCGCAGCAUGUUUUGCAACCGUUUCAUAUUUAGUUGCAUAUAGCUCCUCUGCAUCAUAGACGCACGUCAGAAGCCAGCAUGUCAUGUUCUUGUUUAUUCCUCAGUAUUGUCUCUUUAAGUAUUUAAUAACAGCAACCUAUUUUGAUCUUCAUGUUAGUGCAGCAUUUCCAAUACAUAUUAGCAUAGCACCCGUUUGGUAUUGAGUCAUUGGCUGACAUUGAGGUGAUCCCUCACCAUAUUGCUCUUUCUAUAUAUGUUGUAGUACACCUGAAUAACAAUCAACAAUCACAAUAAAAAGUGAAUUUUCUUGACUUGGAUAACAUUUUGUAACAAUUGUAUAUACAUGACAUGCAUGUACUUGUAGGGAAGAAUAACU